CUAACGGAGAUCAAAAAAAUAAAAGGACUGAUCACCUCGAAGAACAAUCCUUCUCUGGAAAUGGAAAUGAGGGGUAUCUUCUUUUUUGUGUUUGUCAAGUCAACAGCCAGAGUUAGCACAAAUCACAAUCUGAGUUAAAGAUUAAACAGUACGUAGAAGCAAACAAGAUCCUCUCGAAACCUGAAUCUUGUCAGAACUAAGAAACCCCAGAAUUCUGCAUUGUGUUUUUAGUGAGUUCUCUUUCUUUGCUUAAUUAUCAAAUUAUCAUUAUUACUCAGAUCAGAGAUCCAUUUGAUUCUGCUUCAUUAAUUCAUACCUGCAACUUGAUGGAUUGAUUUUCAUUUUCCCUUUCCAAAGCUAUCAAAAUUUUACAAACCAUUCUUUGAUGUAUGAUAUGAUAUCUCUUGCUUUUUUGUUCAGAGUUGUGUGUGUUUUUGUACCCAAAAAAGAAUCAGAAAAAUCCAUGACCCCAUUGCUUAAUUUGUCUAAAUUACCAUCUGGGUAUGCUUAAUUUCACUCCCUUUCCAAACCCAUAAGCUGGAUUCAUACUAUCAUGAAAAAUUAUUCAUUUGGGUCUUCUGGGAGUCCAAAGUCCUUCCUUGCAUACCCCAAAAAAGGUGGUGACUUUUUUGAUUUAGAAUCAGGAACUAGUAGACGUAUCCGAAAGCCUAAGAAUUCACCCUUUCAUCCCAUCAAAAUGCUUAAAUCUUUCGGAACCCGUAUUCAGUAUUUCUCUAAGCUGCACCCACUUUUAGUUUUCAUCAUCUCCUUGUCACUUGGGCUCACAAUUCUCAUCGUAUUGUCUCUGUAUGAGAGUCAUUACCGGAUGGUGAUUAAUAGUUAUCAAAAACUCGAUGCGGGUUCCGAUACUUAUCCAUUUUCAAAGCUUCAGAAUCUUGUAAUGGUUGCUGGACAUUCGGUUUAUACGAGUAGUAGCUGUGGGAAAGUUGAUAAGGAGGAUUCAUGGUUUUUGGAGUCUUAUCAGAAGAAUCCAGGCCAAGCUUCUACCUUUGUGAGACAUAUAAAAGAGGGAGUUGAUAUUGCAGCCAAAGAUGAUGCAGCUUUGCUUUUGUUUAGUGGUGGGGAGACUCGGAAAGAUGCCGGUCCUCGUAGUGAGGCACAAAGUUAUUGGAGUGUUGCUGAAUCAGAAGGAUGGUUUGGCAGUGAAGAAAAUGUGAGAUGGAGGGCACUCACAGAAGAGCAUGCAAGGGACAGUUUCGAGAAUCUUCUCUUUAGUGUGUGUCGUUUCCGAGAGCUUACUGGGACAUAUCCUUACAACAUAACCGUUGUAAGUUAUGAUUUUAAGGAAGAGAGAUUUGCACAUCUACAUCGGACUGCAAUUGGAUUUCCAGAGUCAAGAUUCUUCUACUUAGGCACCCCAGCUUCAUCUACUUCAAAAGAAGCAGCUCUGAAAGGUGAGGCAUUGGUGCGGGCUCAAUUCCUAGGAGAUCCAUAUGGCUGUCAAGGUUCACUCCAUCGGAAAAGACUUGGUCGUGAUCCUUUUCACCGGUCGAUACCUUAUCCUAAUGGGUGCCCUGAGAUUAAAGAUCUGUUCAGAUAUUGUGGGGCAGGUCCCUUUCCAGGUUCCCUUCCAUGGGUUAGUAAAAUUAGUUAGAAUUUUUUUCUACUUUGAUAUGUAACAUAGGAUGAAUCCACCAAUACAGCCAGAAAGAGGUGCUUAGCCUGACAAUAAUGUAAUUCUUUGUAAUAAACGUAUUAUAAUCAAUUUGUUGAAAAAUGAAAAGAGAAAAUUAGUGUGGUUGCUUGGAGAAAAUAUGUAGAAGUAUGUUGGGUAAGUGUAUGCUCUGUUUGGUUGUGGAUCUCAAGACACUAAUUAUAUUCAUUGCCUCCAUGAUGUGCAUUGUAUUUGCUCUUGAAAUUGACAAAUAUCUUUUUAUUGUGA